GAAGAUAAUACAGAAUGAAUCAUAAUAUUUUGCACUGAUAUUCGACCUAUGGUCAAAUUAUUUGUGUCGAUAUCAAGUCAAAAUGCGUAUACAAGAGUGAUCGUGGGAAAAGAAUUCGUUAGUUCAAUAUAUAGGUUUCUUACAUAAUUACAUACGUCUAUUUAUCUUCAAAUUCUUCCAGCGUUCAAUCCGAUUUGUUGAAGAAAAUAUACGAAAUUCAAGUGUUUAACUUUCUGUCAACGUAGAUAUUUCUCGGAAAUAUUUGGGACAUUGUAAGGAAAUGGAGGAAACGUUGCUACUCUCCAAAGGACGAUGCAGAAUUGAUGGAUUUGAAAUUGACAAAGCGCAAGUUGAACGUACCUUCAUCAUGAUAAAACCAGACGGGGUUCAGAGGGGUUUAAUUGGAAAAGUUAUCAACCGUUUCGAGAAAAAGGGUCUGAAAUUGAAAGCCAUGAAGUUCAUGAUGCCUACUCCUGAACUGAUAAAGGAAAUGUACAAGGAUGAAAAGCAUGAGCCAUAUUUUGAUAAGCUGCUUUAUAUCAUGACCUGCGGUCCAGCGGUUCCAAUGAUUUGGGAAGGCGUGGACGCCGUGGGCGUGGGAAGAAGGACGAUCAGCGAGUUAAUUACGGAAAACUCUUUGCCAGGGAGCAUCCGAGGUGAUACCAGUAUCCACGUGGGGAGAAACGUUUGUCACGGGGCGGACAACCAGCAAGAAGCGGAUAUGGACAUUGCCCUCUUUUUUGGUGACCUUUUGGAAACGAUGUCCAAAUCAGUUUGAUUUGUCUUAAGCAAAGAAAACUUCUAACACAUGACGUGACGUAUUACAGAAAAUGUAAAAUGAUAAAACUUGUUUCAAAUCAUACGAUGAAAUAAUGAGUAGAAAUACAGAGCAAGAAUUUUUUAUAAGUUCA